AUGCCUCGCGCGACACGAUCCUCCGGCGGCCGCUCCGCCCCCUCGCGUCCUACCGUCGCCUCCAAGCCGGCGCCCGCCCCCCAGCAGACGCGCCCGGCGACGACCAUGGCCGCGCCUCCUCCCCACGCCGCCGCUCCUCCCCCCGCCGCCGCGGCGCCCAGCCAGGGCCCCGGCCUCUUCGGCCAGAUGGCCAGCACCGCCGCUGGUGUCGCGAUCGGCUCCUCCGUCGGCCACGCCAUCGGCGGCUUCUUCGGUGGAGGCUCCUCGCCCGCCCCGGCCGAGCAGAACCAGGUGCAGGCCGCGCAGCAGCAGACCGCCCCGAGCCAGGAGUACGGCGCCAACAACUGCCAGCCCGCCCUACAGCAGUUCACCAAGUGCAUGGACGAGCAGUCUGGCAACAUGCAGAUCUGCAACUGGUACCUCGAGCAGCUGAAAGCCUGCCAGGCCGCUGCCAGCAACUACUAG